AUGUUAUUCACCAUAGUUGUGGAAAGCUUUAUAGUAUCUAUAAUUCCAUUUCGUGGAGAUUCUGCUGAAGUUCUUCUGCCACCUUCUAGAUCGAUUGCAAUGGCAAGGAAACGUCUUGAAAGACUGCCAUGUGGUGGAGGGUCACCCCUUGCACAUGGUCUUACCACUGCUGUUAGGGUUGGAUUAAAUGCAGAGAAAAGUGGUGAUGUUGGACGUAUAAUGAUUGUUGCAAUCACUGAUGGUCGAGCCAACAUAUCAUUGAAAAGGUCAAAUGACCCCGAAGCUGCUGCUGCUAGUGAUGCCCCUAAACCUACAUCGCAAGAAUUGAAGGAUGAAAUUAUUGAGGUAGCUGCAAAGAUAUAUAAAACAGGAAUGUCUCUCCUUGUCAUCGACACUGAAAACAAAUUUGUCUCAACGGGGUUCGCUAAAGAGAUUGCUAGAGUUGCUCAAGGGAAGUAUUAUUAUUUGCCAAAUGCUUCGGAUGCAGUUGUCUCGUUGGCAACAAGGGAAGCUUUAGCAGCUCUGAAGAGUUCAUGA